AUGGCUUUUAAAACUAAUAAUAACUUGAAUGUCAUACUCUUCUAUCUGUUUUCUCCAUAUUUCACUGAACCCUACCUUAAUAAAAACAUCCUGCUGAGAAAACCAACCCACAACAGUUCGGCUCUUUCUUCAACAGCUUUGUAUGAUUCAAGAUUGGCAGUUGAUGGAGAUAGGAAUCGUAACUUCUGGGCCGGAUCGUGUUUCCAUGCUGUUGCAGAAACAAGCGCUCAAUAUUAUAUCAUCGUCGAUAUGCUCUACUCCUACAAAGUGGACCAUGUUGUCGUUUGGAGCAGAGAUGCAAAUGCCGCUCGUUUAGAUUACUUCCUUAUUGGGUUGACCUCGAUAAAUUAUUUUAUGAAAACGACAACUGUGGCAAGAGGCUCCUAUCCUCUCUGCGGUCAGUACCCUUACGUGACUCAGGUAUCUAACAAGCUCUCGACGUUGAAGUCGGCUUCACGAUUUGUGAGAUUGAAGCUUUCCCAGUGGCUGAACCCGCAAUUUCUGAACGCCUAUGGAUCAAGAACUCACGCUUGCAACUAG